GGUUCUUCUAGCAUAUCUGUUUGUGUUUUUUUAUCUGUUAUACUAUUUGUUUCUGUUAUCUGUUUGUGUUUUUGUUGUCAACAAGGGUGAUGGGUUACAUUAUCGGCAGCCUUGGGUGAUUGGUGUCCAGGAGCAACUCGAAAUCCUGACUAAGCGUGUGGAGGAGGCUGAGCAGCUGAUCAAGUGGGUACCGGAGCUCAAACAACAGAUUGAGGGACUGGAGGCAGAGGUUAAAGGCCUCACGGGGGUUGUUGAUCACCUCAACGCUGAGGUUUAUAACCUCACUGUGCAGGUUGGGCACUUGGAGAAGGUCUGCUUCGACUAAAAACAAAAGGUAACACUAAACUUGAACUAGAACAUUUAUUGUAGUUGUAGUGUAAUUAACUAGACUUGAACUAGGUAUAGUAGAAGUGCAACUGAACUGAAGUAGGUAAAGUAGAAAUCGUAGUACAGCUGAACUUGGAUUUUUUUCAUUAAUUGUAUUUUGGUUAGUUGCGUAAUGAAUGGUCGAGUUGCUUAAAACUGAUUUGAUGUGUAUAAUGAAUGCUCUCUGUCAACUAGUUGUAGUGUAAUUAAGUAUAAUGAAUUGUUGGUUGUUAGAGUAUGUUUAAUUUGUUGUCCUUUGAAAGCCAAAACUAGUUUAAAACAUAGGAAAUCCUCAUCUUAAAACACACAAACCACAUCUCAAACACACACAAACUUUAAAACCGAAACCAACUCUGAAAAUACAUCGCAAACCAAAAUGGAUCCUUUUUCCCUAAUAGCUUCCCAGAGCAGUGAAACAAUAGACAUAGGGUGUUCUGAGGUUCCUAAACCGGUGGAAAGGCGAAAGUGGACAACCAAGGAAGACGUGGUGCUGAUCAGUGCUUGGUUGAACACUAGCAAGGAUCCCAUAGUGAGUACUGACCAGAAGGCAGGGGCGUUUUGGAAGAGAAUUGAAGAGUACUUCAAUGCUAGCCCUCAGCUCGUUGGCUCCGUUCCUAGACCAUGGGGUCAAUGUAAGCAGAGGUUGGGAAGAGUGAAUGAGCAGGUUAACCGGUUUGUCGGAAGCCAUGAAACCGCAUUGAGGGAGCAAGCGAGUGGCACUAAUGAGAAUGAUGUCAUGAAGGCGGCCCAUGACAUCUUCUUGAAUGACUAUAAAGUCAAGUUCACCAUGGAACAUUGUUGGAGGGAACUGAGGUUUGAUCAAAAAUGGAGAUCAAACGUUCUCUCCAAAGAAGGUGCGAAGGAGAAAAGGAAGGACCCUGUGGAGGAGGUCGGUGAGGAGGAAGAUGUGAGGCCUCCUGGUAUAAAGGCAGCCAAACGCAAGAAGCACGGGAAAGAAGCAGCUUUUGAUAAGAUAGAGACCAUACUAGCAGAAAAAAAAAACAUCUCCAAACAGAAGGUCCUUGAACGCCUCCUAGGCAGAAAAGUUGAGACACUUUCUGAUGAAGAAGUGUGUCUGAAAAAAAAGCUCAUAUCUGAAAUGCUCUGAUUUGGUUAGUUGCUUAUUUUUAUACUUGUUUGAAUCUGAACUUGUUUGAAUAUGUUCUGUUAUACUUGUUUGAAUCUAAACUUGUUUGAAUCUGUUCUUCUUUACUUGUUUAUUGAAUCUGUUGUGUUCUUUUUUUGCAGGUCGCGAUUGCAGGAGGUGGAUGCGUGUGGAGGUGGAUGCGUGUGGAGGUGGAUCCUUGUUCAGUCUGUUUGUAUUAUGAGGCACGGGUAGUAGUGUAGGUCUGUUUCAAUCACGGGAAAGUGUAGAUUUUAUUUGUUUCUACACUUCUCUUUCCAUCACGGCUUUAAACAAUCAUGUAUGUUUAGUUUAUUUCUUCUGUUUUGUACUCACGGGUGUAUGUACCCGAUAUGUCUCUCAAUCAUGUAUGUUUGAUACUCACGGGUGUCACCAAAACUCUAUAUAUAACUAUGUCUUUGCUUUCUCUUUGUGCACCAAACUCUCAUUUCUCUCAUUUGUGCAACAAACUUUGAUUUCUCUCAUUUAUCUUUGUGCAACAAACUCUUUGCAACAAGCAUAUCUCAUUGGUCACUUUGCAACAAACUCUGAUCUCCUUUGUCUUUGCUAUUCUAGUAACUUUCUCACUUUUUUUUUUCUAACAUAAAUGUUCACUUUAUAACUAUAUGUAUUAAAAAUAUAACUAUAUGUAUUAAAAAUUCUAUGAAGAUAUAAAAAUGCAACUAUGUAAAUUCUUUAAAGAUAUAAAAAUUCUAUAAAGAUAUAAAACUUUUUAAAGAUAUA